CACAGCUUGGCACGUGUCUGUGAUGAUGGGCAGUGUUUGAGAGGAAUAACUUGGCUAAGGAUCAGAACUAGACAGGUCACUGUACUGUGGCAACGCCUGUGGCCAGGGAGGACCUGAUGUCAUGUCCUGUAGCCUAGGUUUAGAAACCUAGGGUUAUUAUUUUGGCUGAUUCCAGUAUUUUCAAUGCGGCUUUAUUUAAAUAUAGGCCAACAAAAUAGAUAAUGGAUCUGUAUGUAUCCAUGAAUGUUAUUCCUGGCAUUCCUGGAUAGGGCUUUCAGACACCAUAGACCUUUAUGGGAGACGAAUGGUAGGCUAGAUAGCUAGCUAGCUAAACCUUUCAUGAUAAUGUCUUAUAAUGCUUCUUGGAAAUAACUAGGCUAUGUAUGUUGUAUUAUUAUAGGGAAAUAGAGACAACGUUUGAUUGAUGUAUUGUAUAUGGCUUUGACUCAUGACCUCCGUAAUUUUUUAAAACCUGGCUACCACUCCAAUAUUCCACUUGUGUUGGUCAACUUCUGUAGCUAGUCCAAGUGGUUGACUUUCUCAGAGACGAUCUUUGGCAGCCGGUCUUUGUCACCGCGGUGCAUUAUGGUCCUGUACAAGAAGACUCUUGCAUGUCCUCUUGUUUGCUAGUUGCUUCCAUCCUGCUAACUUACACAACAGUGUUUUGGGGACUAAAACAGAGCCUACUGUGUUGGUUGAGGAAAGUCUGUAGUUAGCGGCAGGUAACUGACCUGUGUUACUUGUGUCUUCUUUUACUGUCACACAUUUUAAAUGGAUAAUUAACUUAGAACACGGGCUAUUCCUGAUACUAGUAGUUGAGAUAACUAAGUUAGCAUUACUAACAUGCAGAGCUGCACAGCACUCUUGAAAACACUGUGAAGAAAGUUAGCUAAGACAACAUGCAGUAUGACUAGCAGUACUGGAGGCUACGUUAACCAAUAUUUUAUCACCACUUUCAUCUUCUUACGACACACUGCAUUCCCUUCUUUCUUUGCUUAUGUAGGCUGUGUGUGGAGAUGAAACUACACAGUGUGAUGCUGAUUGGCUAUAUGAACUGCACUAGGAUGUAUCUGCCAUUCGGUGGGAACUUUUAUCCAAAGCGCCUUUUUAGUUCUGUUAGUUCUUUUUCCUCAAGAAUGGGUGGGACUCAAACCCGUAUCCUUUGUGGUGCUCGCACAGUACUCUACCCACUGAAGUACACUGUGUCACUUGGAAACAGAGAACUGGGAUUGUACCGCAGGUGUUACAGUGGUGUUGGUUCAAGUGCACUUUGCAGUCAAACACUGCCGGUGUCCAGAUGUCAACCCAGAAGAUCUCAGUCUGCUGCGGUGAGAAAGGAGAACCUACUACAAGGAGCUGCAACAUGGCCUGUGUCAUUUAUCCGCCACAGAGUGACAGACGUUUCCAGUGUGCCUCCGGCUUUUGUAGUGAUGAGUUUCGACCAAGAGGGAAAUGUGACAUCAUUUGAGAAGAAGAAAACGGAGCUUUGCCAGGAGCUAAGUCUUCAAGCCAGAGAUCUUCGCUUCCAGCACAGUACCAGCCUCAUAGCUCGAAACAACUGCAUUAUCAUACGGAUGGAGACUUUGAAAGCCAUCUUGACUCCGCAGUCCCUGUUGGUGUUGGAUUUUCGCGGGUUUGGAUUGGAACGUUGGUUGGUACUAGAACUGGCGCCUCAGAUAGCAUCACAGUCACACACUCUGCCCUUCGAGUUCAGAGCACUGGAGGCCAUCCUUCAGCACAAGGUCAACACUCUACAAGCUCGGCUGAAUGAUGUUGAACCAGUAAUGUUGGACACAUUGGAAUCCCUGGUGGAUCCUAAAAUCCUUUCCGUUGAUAGAAGUAAACUACAUAUACUGCUGCAGAACAGCAAGAGCUUAUCAGAGUUGGAGACGGACAUUAAAGUCUUUAAAGAUACCUUGCUGAAGAUUUUGGAUGAGGACGAGAUCAUUGAAGAACUCUGUCUGACCAAGUGGACAGACCCAAGAGUUUUUGAGGAGAGCAGUUUAGGUAUUGACCACGCUGAGGAGAUGGAACUUUUAUUGGAGAAUUACUUGAUGCAGGCCGAGGAGCUGGGGAACAAGACCAGAGAGCUGAAAGGGCUGAUAGACGACUCAGAGAGUGUCAUCUUUAUCAAUUUGGACAGCCAUCGUAACGUGAUGAUGCGGCUGAAUCUGCAACUGGCAAUGGGUUCCUUCUCCCUUUCCUUAUUUGGUCUGAUAGGGGUGGCCUUUGGAAUGAAUUUGACAUCGUCCUUUGAAGAGGAUCCUCGUAUUUUCUGGCUGGUAACCGGCUUCAUGUUCUUGGGCAGCGGGCUGAUAUGGAGAAGACUGCUGUCAUUUCUGGGACGACAUCUAGAGCCUUCAGUACCCCCUCUAAUCCCUCAAGUUUGGAAGAGAAAUAUGAAAGCAUCAGACAUCAAGGCGGGAGUCAGAUGAUGUUCUACCACCGCUCUGUAAAAUGCCACAGACCUCCUACAGACUGUGCUGCUUCAGAGGCAAUUGCUUUACCAACCUGGACCUCCUAAAUUCUCUACAAGGGCUGGAAAUAUUCAUUUAGUAACACACCUCAUUGUUUUACACAGACCCAUGCAUACAGCAGAGGUUAAGACUACAUCCAACUGCCCGUAGACGUCCGUGUGUUAUGUGUGCUUCUGUGUCCCCGUCAUUAAAUUUCUCGUACUAUGUCGGGGUUAUUUCAGAUACCUGAUUAGAUGUCACGUCAUGCAGUGCGUGGUUGCUUGGGCGAGUGGCAGCAAUUGGAACUGAAACGGAUAAAAACCUAAUAUGAUAACCUCCUUACAUGUACUUGUAUGUUCCCUCAUUUAAUAGGUGAAAAGGUGUGUUGAAAUGAUUUGAAUCUUAUUUUUUAAAUGAAUGUGAACAAAAUGAAUGUGUAAAGUCUAUUUAAAGGUUCACAGUGUUAUUUACUCUAUGCUCAGUAUGUAAGUAAGAAUGUGCCUUUAUUAAGCUGAGUGGUUACAGCGUGCAACAGUGUAACAUCAGUUAGACAAUAAAGACUUCCAGAAACAUUUAUGACAUCAUCAUACAGAUCCUAAUCUGAUAUCUGAUGUGAUUGGCAACCUAGUCUGGCUUACCGGAUGUACAUUGCUGGGAUAAAGCCUGGUAUCACACGUUGGAUGUCCCUCUCCUUCCGCAAUUUCUGCUAUCUAUUUUGCAAGGGCACUGUCGCUGCAUCUAGGGUUUAGCGGCACAAGUCAGAGUGUUUUUUAUCCCUAUCCCCGAAUACUGUAGAUCAGCGGUGUAGCCAGACCAUACUCCAGCACUGACACAGCCCAUUGCCAGACUAUUGUAAAAAUAAUUGGUUAAAAGCAGUCACACAUGGGACACAUUUUCAGGCAUUUCAUCAAAUAUUCUUCAGUCUUUAAAAAAAACUAUUUGCCAUUUUAUUUUUGUAUUGUGUCUCCCUUUGUAACUGUAAGUAAGUCUCAAAAUGGUUGCCCAGAAAUUAAAGGGUCAUGAGGAACUUUCAA